CAGCCCGCCAGCACCGCCGCACAGCCUCGCCGCAGCGACCGCUGUCGUCGAAACCUGCCACACUUGGAGAAUUAGAUACGGGCAAUUAAGCACUCCAGACGCAAGACAUCGCGGGACGACACGGGACGAGUCUCCAGCGAGCCUGCGGAGGAAUCGUGAACUCGCUACCAACUCGCUGCGUGCCUUGCCGGAGGAGCGAGUAGCAUCGGGUGGAGCUCGUCCGCUCCGAGCCAGCCUCUGCAACUCGUGCGGCGAGCCGCGGACCACGAGCCGGCCUCUGGCUGUUGAUUUUCACUGUGGCCAAUGCUGCCGGGGUGGACACGAUACUUCGGGGAUUUCCGGGCCGGCUCGGACUUCCUCGACUCGAAGCCAGCCCGCUCUUUGUGGGCGCUGCCGAUGUUCCUGGACUCCGUGUGCAGAGCCUUCGGCCAGGUGGUGUUCGCGAACAACCCCGUGUCCGGCCUCGUGGUCGUCGCGGCCUUGCUGGUCGCCGACCCCCGCGCGGCUGCGGCGGGCCUCUUCGCGGCCUCGGUGGCCACGGCCGGCGCCUGCCUGCUGGGGCAGCCGGGAGGCUCGGUGCGCGCCGGCCUGACGUCCUACUCGGCCGUGCUGGUGGGCACGGUGACUGCGUCCCUGGCGGGCCCGGACAGCAUCGGCCACCACGUGCUGUGGCCGGCGCUCUUCGUCGGGGCAGUGCUCAGCGUGUACGUGACGGCGGGCCUCGCCAACGCGCUGGGCUCGCUGCGGCCGGCGCUGCCCUGCCUCACGCUGCCCUUCAACGCCGUGGCCUGGCUGCUGCUGGCCUGCCUGCAGGCGCGCGGCGCGGCCCCGCCGCCCCUCGCCCUGGGCCGUAACCUCACCGCUCACGGCCACUUCGCCCAGAUGCUGUCGGGUUGUCUGCUCUCCGCGGGACAAGUGUACGCUGUGGAGGACACGACCUCUUCCGCCCUCGUCUUCCUGGCGGUCGCCCUCUUCUCGCCCACUCUGGCUGCGGUGUCCUUCACUGGGGCGCUGCUGGGGACCCUCGCAGGCGUGAUGAUGCUGGGCAGGCCAGGACUGCACCUUGCCACCUCUGGUGCGCUCGGGUAUAACAGUCUACUCUCCGCCGCAGCCGUGGGAGGCAUGUUUUAUGUCAUAUCUUGGCGCUCGUGCCUCGCCGCAGUCUUCAACGCCAUCAUGACGUCACUCGUGUUCGUGGCGUUGCUACGUCCUAUGGCGCAGGUGGGGCUGCCCGUGCUGACGAUGCCGUUCGUGACGAGCACCCUGGUGUUCCUGGCCUGCUCGUCGGACCAGGAUGGCGCGAUGGAGCGGCCGCGGGAGAUGUCCUUCCCCGAAAGGCAUCGCUCGGAACGCGCCCGCCGCCCGCCCGCCUGAGGCUUCGCUCGCCCUGCGUCAUCGGCCUCUGCGCUCAGUACUCAGCGGUUCUUGUCUCGCCUCCUUUAUAAUGAUGUUAUUUACUCUUGCACUUUCCUAUGUUCAUCCUAUAUCCGAGGUUACGUUUUAAGUUUUAAGUUUGACUUUUACCAGGUUUACAGAAUUUAUAAAGUGGAGACUGGGAAAAUUAACAAGAAUUUUAUUACAAAUGGUCAGUUUUGAACUGAAACGCUCUUGUAUUCUAUUUUAUGUGUAAAUGUCAAAGUAGGUCAAAUUAGAAAUAGUGAUAUACGUAACUAUUUUUGUAGGCAGGAAAAUCAUCUGAACAGCCGUUUCUUUAUGAAACUAAGGAUUUACAAUAGAUACAUAAAGGAACUAUCGCACUAUUAAAUUUUUGCAUUUGAUACCAAUUUUUACAACAAAGUAGUUCAAAAUGAAACUGAGCUAUCGCAAACUUUUUUAAUUUUUAGCUUCUUACAAAAUGAAAAUAAAGGUCAUUUAAA